AUGGAGCUUGGCCUUUGGGUGGCUCUGGUACUGGUCGCCGCGAGCAGCCUCUACUGGUCUCUACGGGGGACAGCAUUUGGAGCACUCUUGCUGACCAUCGUGAAGUUGAUCGCGUGCAAAGGUCGCAGGGCGGCCGGUGCCCUCACAGGCCUGUGGUUCCCAAUCUCAGUCGAAGAGCUGACGGGUCCACGUGGUCCGAAGCUCUUGACGAAGAUGUUGCAACAUGGUCAGCACUUGCCACUGGACGUCUCCGUCCUCUCCGUCCAACAUCUGCGGAAGGACAUCAAAGACGGCGUGAAAGGAGACAAAGCUCUGCUGAAAGUGACCUUUUCCAAGGAGGUGCCCAACCUUCCGGGGACCUUCUUCGUGAAGUUCAACUUGCAAAGCUUUGGCGCCAUGCGCCUCUUGGUCGCUACCUCCGAUGUCUGCCUUUGCGAGGCGCUCUUCUACCAUCACUUGGCUGAAGAGGCCGCGGAGGUGGUGAAAACUCCCAAGUGCUUUUUCGUGGAUUUCAACCGGCUCACAGGCGAGUUCUGCCUGCUCACUGAAGCCCUCCACUUCGGCGGGCCUGCCGCGGUCUCCACUGCGGACGCGAGCGCCUCGAGCUUCGAGCUUCGGCCGAUGAAGCACCGCAUCCGGGACCCCGCCACCUUGGAGGAGCAAUUGCUGUUCAUCGAGACUGGUGCAAGACUUCAUUGCAAGUUCUGGGCGGACAAUCAGGUGCUUCGAGACAUGCCCAAGUUCUAUGAGACUCAUCGAGAGAUGUGGGUCCUGUGCUCCUUGAGUGGACGCUUUGGCUUGGGACAGACGGUGCGGAGGACCUUGCGUGGCCAAGCAGAGGUGAACGAGGACUGGAUGACCUGGGAUGUCCCUGGCGACUUGAAGGGCAAGGAGUGGGAGCUCAUCAAUGACAUGCCAGCCAUCCUCACCUCCCUUGCGCAAGACCUCGACAUGGCGGCGUUCGGGCACAAUGACUUGACCACGGACAAUGCUUUCUACUGGAAGGAUUGUGAUCACUUGAAGCUGGGAUUGUUUGAUUGGCAGCAAAGUUGCGUCAACAACGUGGCCCAAGAAUGGGCAUGGAACUGGCAUUUUCUGGAACCCGAAUUCCUGACCGAGCAUGAGGAGAGGCUGAUUGGCGAGCUCCUCGUGACGUACGAGAGACUGGGGCGCCCCAUCUCAAGAAAGAAGUUUCUGCAUGCAUAUGUCCUGGGCACCGUGCAGAUGUUUGUGUUUGGCGGCGGUGGCUUGCAAUUGUUGAUGGCUGAGCUCCACUCGAAGGGCAUCUUCCAGUCGUUAGUCCCCAACGACCCCCGCUGCCGGAUGAGCGACUCUACCAUGGAUGAGAACUUACGCGAGAAGCUCGUCGGCGCAGAGAUGACCCGGCGCACCUUCACCAACUGCUGCAACAUCAUGCGGCGGCACGACUUUGCCUCAGCUUGGCUGCGAUGGAAAGCUGAGAGGACAAAAGGUGCUCGCCACGUCCCUCCGCGUGGAACUGUGGGCGGAGGCCGCUGUCAGAGGGCAGCGACCACAACAUCUUGCUGUGGCAGUCAACACAUCGAUGCUUCGAAGGCCUGUAGUUCGUGGGGGUCGGAAGGAGAAUGGAAGGUUUAA